AUGGGCUGGAAGGCGAACGUUGCCUUUAUGCGGUAUGGCGCGAGGUGGAGGAAGCACAGAAAACUUUUCCAAGAGUACUUUGGCCAGAGUCAAAGCCUGACAUACCGCGCCCAUCAGACUGAGGAAGCGCGUAUGCUCCUGAAAGAUUUGCUCACUUCGCCGGCGGAGUUCAAGGCAUGUACGCAGAAGCAUGCUCUUCUGAGCAUCAUAGGCAUUGCAUACGGACACCAGGUAAAGUUGGAUGAUGAUGUCUAUGUCAAAUUUGCACAAGGCGCAAUCCACGGAGUCGAAGAAGCCACUGCAGGAACCACGUUGCUCGACCUCAUACCCUUCCGUGCGUCCGUGAAAUAUAUCCCUUACUGGCUGCCCGGAUGUGCUUCGUUUACCGCUGCGGUGAGGCGGUGGGGCCCUGCUACCAAGGGUUUAUGCGAAUAUCCGCUCAACGAUGUGCGGAAGAAGAUGGAAGCAGGGACCGCGCAGAAUUCGUUCCUUGCGUCUCACCUGGAGUGCCUCAACACGGACGGCGCCGACGAAGAAGACCUCGAGGACAUCAAGGGUGCCGCUGCGACGAUACUUGUAGGCAAGUCCAAUUCAUUUCACCUAUCAUCCUCUGUCUGA